AUGACAGACACUCGAAGAAUGAUGGCCAACCAAGAACGCAGCAGCAGGGGGGUCUCCACGGGAUCCAUGGACGACUUUCUCCACGUACUUUUCCUCGAACACAAUAUCGUGCCUUCUCAAGUCGAUAUCAUCCAAGACAAUGCGAACCCCGACGAUCACACAGUACCCCGAAGACACAGUUCCUUUGAAAUGUUGUCUCCUGCGAUGAUUGCCAACAAGACUAGGAUUGUUCCAAGAAGUCUCUCCGGCUCGUCCUCUUCAUCCUCAUCAACAACAACAAGAGGAGACGACAAACAAGAACUGAACGGAUUCGAUCAAGUACUUCUCAUGACUGAGAAGAACACACUGUAA